AUGGGACACGAGAUGCACGUCCCUCCCACGGAGCGCGCCUGUCCCACCCGUGACUGCCAGCGGGCUGCGCUGGACAUGUUCGCAAGCAGAUACGACGGGUUCUGCUGGUACAUUUCCCGGCUGGACAUCGUGGGCAGCUCCGUUGACCCCGACGCCGCGGCCAGCACUGACCCGUCUCCUCGCGCACGCGCGCCGCUUGUGUUGGUUGGCGACGGCGGGACUGGGAAAACGACCUUCGUGAAACGCCAUCUGACGGGUGAAUUUGAGAAGAAGUAUGUAGCCACCCUGGGGGUCGAGGUCCAUCCCCUCGUGUUCCACACCAACAGAGGGCCUAUUAAGUUCAACGUGUGGGACACGGCGGGCCAGGAGAAGUUCGGGGGACUGAGAGACGGCUACUACAUCCAAGCCCAAUGUGCCAUUAUUAUGUUUGAUGUAACCUCGAGAGUUACUUACAAGAAUGUGCCUAACUGGCAUAGAGAUCUGGUACGAGUGUGUGAAAACAUCCCCAUCGUCUUGUGUGGCAACAAAGUGGACAUUAAGGACAGGAAAGUUAAGGCAAAAUCAAUUGUCUUCCACCGAAAGAAGAAUCUUCAGUACUACGACAUUUCUGCCAAAAGUAACUACAACUUUGAGAAGCCCUUUCUCUGGCUCGCUAGGAAGCUCAUUGGCGACCCUAACUUGGAGUUUGUCGCCAUGCCCGCUCUUGCCCCACCAGAGGUCGUCAUGGACCCGGCCCUGGCAGCACAGUAUGAGCAUGAUCUAGAGGUUGCUCAGACCACCGCGCUCCCCGAUGAGGACGACGACCUGUGAGGGAGCUGGAGCCAGCGUCAGAAGUCUAGUUUUAUAGGCAACUGUCCUGUGAUGUCAGUGGUGCCGCGUGUUUGCCACUUUAUUAUAUAGCUAAGCAGAACCUGUGCUUGAUCUUUGGGAUGCUGAGAGAUGAAUGGGCUUCGGAGUGAAUGUGGCAGUUAAAAUACCUUCAUUUUUUGGACCUUACAUAUUUAGCUGUUUGGAACGCAGUUGUUUCCUUGUUGAGUUUCAGCUCUAAGAAUGCUGCAGUCGCAACACCCUCAGUGGAGAACCUUGUUUGUUACUGUCAUUCCCACUCCUUUCGUUCAGAGUCAGAAUAAAGUUGUAUUUCAAAUAUCUAAGCAAGUGAGAUCCUUGUUUAAUCAGCAUUUUAAAACUACUAACAAGGAAAAGUGUGCUCUUAACUGU